AUGCCAAUCCCAUCGCUCAAAGGCAUCUACCAGCAGUACAAGGCCGACACCGACCUGGUGGCCGAAUGGCUGGCUGUAACGGCCAAAGCCCACGGCUAUGCUGCCACCGCCACUGCAUCAACGGCAAAUCCCCCAGCAGCCGUUGGGGGCAGGCUCAAGGGGAAAGCUCGAAAAAUGGCCAAGAAUCAGGCGUCAAAUCAGCCUAAGAAACCGACAGCGACGACAUCAGAGGCGGCUAUCGGUGAUGAUGGCAGUGGUACACCCGCUUCUAAGAAGCCCACAUAUCUCAUCAAGAUCAAAGAGUUUGAGCCCUUGGCACAGUUUGUGUCCAAAGUUGAUGAUAUCAAAGUCCCCAAUUACUUUUCUACUGCCCUUGAGCGUGUUAUACAAGUGCGACAGAGCUUCUCGGAUCGUCUUGCAUCGAGCGGAGUGGAAGUGAAUGCCGCCUCCGAUGACCGCCACUCUUUCUUCGUAGGUAUUCUCGAGAAAGUGCGUGAUCACUUGAAACCGCUCAUGGGAGCCGUCUCAUUCAGCGUGGACGCCAAGGCAGAUGCCAAGUCGAACGGUCUGGACGACAACUUCUUUAGCCCCCUAGAGGUAUAUCAUACUUCAGCAGAGUUCGACGAUGCUCCAGAUGCCGCCAUUGCAGCAUCUUCGACUGAUGUUAAAUAUGUCGCGGAACAGGCAGACUCUGCCCUGGACAUCCUCUUCGCGUACAUUGCUCUCUUGGACGACUAUCGCCGCCUUAGGAGCGAAAUUAAAACUUUGUGGGCCGACUACGCUUCUGGCAAGCUGGAUCUUGCGGCUGUUUCUGUUGCCACCAACAUGGCCUUUGAGCUUGCCCGCAAUAUAGAAGAAGAAGUAGACCCAUUGUUCAGCAAACUGGACGGCGGCGCCUACGUUGCCAACCUACAUUUUGAAAGGAUAUGCAGUGCGUUCGGAAUCGACAUUCACAAGGAUAAGCAGAGAGGUGACCCCUAUAACCUCAAGGCGUACGACCUGGCGGACGUAUGCAUGAUGAAUCCCAUGACGAUGCUGAUUAGCUACCUGCAGUCUACCCAGCGCGAUGAGAUGCAUCUGCAAUCGUACAGUGGCAGCUUCGGCUGGUAUGACGAGAAGCUGGGUGGCUCUGGAACGACCAACCGCCAAAAAUGGAAGCAAGACAUGACGGCGAUGCUGGAAAUCUUGCCAGAUGUCAGCUUUCUGGUGUGGAAACUCGGGGCUUCGAGCAUAGUGGACGAGUUGACCCGUGGAAUGGCCUACGUGAUGAACGAGCCUAACAAGACCGUGCCUCUCUGGCUAUGCUGGUCUUUCCAAAUCUAUCUUGAUAUUCUGCAGUCUCUUGGCGCGGACUGUGAUCGUGGAUACCGAGAAUUUCAGCAAGAAAGCCUCAAAGUCAAGCACUCUAUGCUCGAAAUCCCAGUGUCCAACAAAGAACGCUCACGAGUUCUCAGCGCCGCCACGAGGUGGGACAAGGAUCCAAUCUGGGCAGCUCGCAAGUUGGUAUCAGACGCAGGCCUGUUCCCCAACGAGACUGCGCCGGAAUUCAAGUUUCUUCGUCGCAACCCUUUAUACUGCGGCCUCUUGAUACACAAUAUGCGCUCAAACUUGCACUCUUCCGGCGGGCCUUACUUGGCGGGCCCCGGAGCGCUUGUGGGCGUGACGCAGCUGUAUCACGCGCUUCGUCAGGAGAAGAUGCUUGCUGACAAUCUGGUAUGGGAGGACCUUGAUGAUCUCUGGAAGAUGCAGGGCGAUCCGUCCUUUUUCGUUGGUGACCUGCCGACGAACCGAGAAGCUUACUUUAAAAACUACUGCCUGAGCAUAGGCACAUCUGUUACCAACUGGGCAGCUGAGAAGCGAAAGGGCAAACUCAAGAUAAACGCGGCCAACCGACGAAACUUGAAGUUUAUGGGAUACUUGACUUUGAUAACUAAUCAUCGCCUUGAGCACCCUGGAGAGCGCGUGCCGUGGUCAUCUGCCGCAGUCGAAAAUGCCUUGAAUGAAGGUAUUCUCAAGCAGUACACGGACAGCAGAGGCCAUAUCCAGCCGGAAUUCAAGGACAAGGUGGAAGAAGCAAGAGUCGAGAAUGCACGGCUCCUCCCUCCCGGGCUUAUACGCAAGCUGGCCCAGAACCUCCAGACUGAACUCCCAGGCAUCUGCUUCAACCUCUUCACCAUGCAUCACGAGGCAUGGAGAUUCCUAGAGCGGCUAAGCGAAGGCUAUUCGGGAAUCUUGGGUGCUGGCGUCCUAUCAAACAAGCCGGACGAACUGCCUUUUGCCGCUGGCCUCCCGCUUGCAGUGGCUGCAGGCCAGAUGAGCCCUCAAGGCGAUAAGAAGAUAGAGCCGUCGGAUGCUUUGCUGCUUAUUGCGGCGGAUGUUUUACAGAAAUUCUUGGAACAAGGGCAAGGCAGGGCCGUUAAAGAGGCGAUGACCAAGACAUUGCAGCAAAAGGACGUUGAGAGUUUGAAAUACGUGAGCAAAGAUCCUUGGGGAGUGGAGAAGCUCAGCCAGCUGUCUCUCUACUGA